AUGUCGGCUUCAGAGAUCACUCUGUUCGACUUGCCCAGCAAAGGGACAUGUUGGACAUGGAACUCAAACCCAUGGAAGACGCGUCUCGCACUCAAUUACAAAGGGGUCCCCUAUGAGACUGAAUGGGUCGAGUACCCAGAUAUCAAGCCAAGACUUCUGGAGCACUUCCCCACGACCACGCCCUUCUACUCCAUCCCCACAGUCUGCAUGCCCAACGGCAAGUGGAUCAUGGACUCCGUCAAGAUCGCUGAGGAACUCGAGCGCCGGCACCCCGAGCCGUCUCUGCACAUGGACUCCGCUUACCAUGGCAAACUGAAGGACAUGAUGCCCCGGAUCAUGGCAGCCCUCCGCGGCGUCUACACUCCCCUCAUCCCGCAGCGUCUGCUCACCGAGCGGAGCAUCCCCUACUGGAAUGAGACCCGCGAGAAGUUCCUCGGCAUGCCCCUGGCGCAGCUAGCCAGGGAGCAUGGCGGCGAGGGGGCGUGGAAGGCAGCCACGCCGCUCCUGCAGGAAGUCACCGGGUGGCUGAAGGAUAAUGGCGAGGGUCCGUUCUUCAGGGGCAAGACGGUCAGCUAUGCCGAUUUCGUGUGGGCUGCGUUUUUGCUGUUCUUGGGCCGGCUUGGGGCAGAUGUGUAUGAGGACUUCAUGACGGCGAGUGGGGGUCGGGAAACGCAUGCGAAGCUGAUGGAGGCCGUGGCACCCUGGGCAGAACUGGACCUAGCUGGGGAUGAUGGUGACAAGAAGUGGCCAAGCAUUAUUGCAUAG